AUGGCGACGGACAGUGAAAAUUCCAUUGGCAUUGGCAAUGGCCAUAAUAAUGAUAAUGAUAAUAAUAAUGACAAUGGAACGCCAUACGACCUGUCAACCCACAUACAGAAGCGAUCAGACUCCACAAGCGAGAUCGAAAUGCCGCGACGAACCAUCCCCGAAAACCCCAGCGACGAGUACGAAAAGAACGAAGAUGACGAAUCAAAACCAAAAGACAAAAAGCCAUUCCUGACGACGCUGAACGAGCGGUUCGUAUGGGAGAUCCUGGGCCUGGUGCUUGCUGCUGGGGUCCUCGUCGCCCUUGUCGUCGUCCUCGCCAAACACGACCACAAGCCCCAGCCGGACUGGAGCCAUAUGUCGCUGAACUCGCUGAUUUCAUGGAUGAGCACGAUAUCCAAAGGGUGCAUUGUUGUGUCCAGUACCGAGGCGCUGGGGCAGCUGAAGUGGGUUUGGAUCUCGCAGGGGGCGCGACCGAUGCGCCAGCUGAGGACGUUUGAUUCUGCGAGUCGUGGAUUAUAUGGCGCUGCAGAGCUAAUUUGGACCUUGCGGGCGAGACACUUCGCGGCGCUUGGGGGCCUGGCGGUCAUUCUGGCGCUGGGCAUCGACCCCUUCGCGCAGAACCUGGUGCGAUAUUACCCAGGGCUGGUCGACGAUCCGUACAGUCAGGCCGUAACUGGCGCAUCGACAUCGUACGCUCUUCAGGGCCCGACGGUUUCGCGCGCAGCCGCGCAAGGCGUCGACAUGAACUUCAAAUCGAACGUCUACAACGCCAUCCUGAAUAGUGAUCCCAAAAAGCCCUGGUCCAUCCCGCAGUACUCGUGCCCGUCUGCGAACUGCACCUGGCCGGCGGCGGCAUCCCUCGACGCAUACUCGCUCUGCACAGACAUCACCCACGAACUGGUCACCGCAUGCCACGAAACAGGCGAAGACGAUCGGGUCGCAGGCGUCACAAACUGCACCGUCACUCUCCCAAAAAGCAACCUAACAGGGUGGUACAUCCGAGGCGACACCGUCUUCAACGCAUACAAAGGCUUCGUCAUCCGCCAAACACUCAGCAACGACUCACGCUACGCCUACUCAAACCUCACCUUCGGCAAUGUCGUCCAAUGGAUCACCCCUCGCCUCCCCAAGGGCUGGUACAACGGCUACCCACCCCCAAGCAACACCACCUGGGCCGCAUCCGAGUGCGCCAUCCAACCCAUCGUACGCAGUUUCCGCGCCCAAGUCACAAACAACACCUACUCCGACCAAACCCUCGCCAUCUGGACAAACUACACGACCGACAAAUCAGGCUCAAUGCUCUUCCACCCUCCCUGGGGCCCUGAGCUCGGAAUAUACACCCCCGGCCAGACAUUCAAAAUCUACUGGUCGUCCACCGUCGCCAUAGGCAACUUCUUCCAGGCCAUCUUCGGCGGCGAGUUCUGGCAGCAGGGGUCCUUCUCGCAGGCGUUUCACGCGGAUAGCACAGUCGAGUACGCCGCGACGGAUGUAAUGCAGGCUAUCGGCUUCGCGGAUAUGGCCGGGUGUACUAAGGAUCUCGCGACGCGAUUCGCGUGCAUGAUGGGGAAUGUGGCCCAGGCUGCUUCCAAGGCAUACCGCGACUCAAUGUAUAACACUACAUCUGUGACGGCGGCAGUGGCGACGCCGACGGUGGAAAGGGCGGCGAAUAGUACCGAGGGCCUGGCGCUGGGGACUGUUCGGGCGAAUGCGACGUAUGUGUCUGUGCAGUGGCAGUGGUUGGCGCUGCCGGUGUUUGUUUGGGUUGUUGCUGCUGCGACGCUGGCGGGGACGUUGUGGAAGAUGAGGAGCGUGCCGAAGUGGAAGAAUGAUGUUGUGCCGCUGUUGUUUUUGUAUAGAGAUGAAGAUAAUGAUGAGCAGAGAGAGUAUGGGGUUCCGGUGCGUGGGGUGGAUGGGGUGGAUGAUGUUAGUGUUAGACUGUAUGAGAGAGACGGGAAUAUGGUCCUGGAGAGGUAA